CAACAAGAGCGGCUCACUUCACUGGCCCCUGAUUUGCUCCAAAGCUUCUUCCCUCUUAACUGCACAUCAGAUUCCACCCCAAAAUCAAACCUCUACAACCUCUGAAUACUGUUUCUCGACAAGACAACAUUAUACAAUUCUCGUUUUCUUUAAAAAAAAAAAAAAAAAGAACGAAAGAAAAAAAACAGAGGAAGCAAACAUUUCUUUCAAGUUUGGGUUGCUCUACCUGCUGGCCUUGUACUUCAACGACAUACCAUUGCUUUCAAAUUCAACAUAUUUUUUAAUGUCUUUAGUCUCAAUUGCUUGUCGCCCACGAUUAUUCUUGAUGGCAUUGUAAAUCAGGAACAGUUAUAUUCUCUAUCAACAACAUAAACAAAAAACAUUUAAUACAAAAGAAGAAGAAGAAGAAGAAGAAGAAGAAGAAGAAAGGUGUUUCUCAAGAUUGAUCAUGCCAGAAGACGAAACUGAUUUCUGGCUUGCUGUAUUGUUUGUCUUCUUAAUUUUGAUUACAGGUACGGUGGUUGCUGGAGAUUCUCUAGACAGAGAUAGGGAAGUCCUGCUAAACCUGAAGUCAUUUCUGGAACUGAAGAACCCAAUAAACCGAGGACAAUACGUCCAAUGGGAUCAUCUGAACACAAAUCCCUGCAACUGGUCUGGAAUCAGUUGCACAGAUGAUGGCUCUGGCUCUGGCUCAAGGGUUACUGGCAUCGACCUUACGUACAACAAUAUUUCUGGAGACUUGUAUAACAACUUCUCUUCGCUCACUGCUCUUUCUCAUCUCGAUCUUUCUCAAAACUAUAUCAAGGGUUCGAUUCCUAGUGACUUGAGCAAUUGCCGGAACUUGGUCUAUCUCAAUCUCUCACACAAUAUGCUGGAUGGGGAGCUCAACUUGACUGGAUUGAGUAAUUUGCGAAUUCUGGACUUGUCUGUGAAUAGGAUUCUCGGGGAAAUUCAAACUAGCUUUCCAGCAAUUUGUAACAAUUUAGUUGUGGUGAAUAUUUCAGGAAAUAAUUUCACUGGUAGGAUUGAUAAUUGCUUUGAUGGGUGCUCGAGUUUGCAGCACCUUGAUUUGAGCUCGAAUUUUUUCAGCGGGGGGAUGUGGAGUGGUUUUUCGAAGCUCAAGGAAUUUUCAGUAUCAGAGAAUUUUCUCAGUGGAGAAGUUCUGGGGUCAAGUCUCGCUGCGAAUUGUAGCCUGGAAAAUUUCGACCUGUCAGGAAACAAUUUCACUGCUGAGUUUCCAAAAGAGAUCUCGAAUUGUAGGAAUUUGAAAAUUUUGAAUGUGUGGGGCAACAAAUUCACCGGGAAAAUUCCAUCUGAGAUUGGAUCCAUUUCUGGUCUUGAAGCUCUGUUCUUGGGAAACAACAGUUUUUCUCCAGUGAUUCCAGAGUCUCUUUUGAACUUGAGUAGUUUGGUCUUUCUGGAUUUGAGCAGAAACAAUUUUGGAGGUGAUAUACAGGAGAUUUUUGGGAGAUUCACACAAGUGAAGUUUCUGGUAUUACAUGCAAAUUCAUAUUCUGGUGGCCUAUAUUCUUCAGGCAUUCUCAGGCUACCAAAUGUUGUUCGAUUAGACUUGAGCUACAACAAUUUCUCAGGUCCAUUACCCGUUCAAAUCUCUCAAAUGCCAAGCUUGAAAUACUUGAUCCUUGCUUAUAACCACUUCAAUAGUAGCAUACCUCAAGAAUAUGGAAACUUGAAAGAACUCCAAGCUCUUGAUCUCUCCUUCAACAGCCUAACUGGACAAAUACCACCUUCAUUUGGAAACUUGAGUUCACUCUUGUGGUUAAUGCUCGCCAACAAUUCUUUAACAGGUGAAAUUCCUCGAGAACUGGGAAACUGCAGUAGCUUAUUGUGGCUAAACCUCGCCAACAACAAGCUUACAGGGAAUAUCCCAGCUGAGCUGGUAAAUAUAGGCAGCAAUCCCAUGCCGACGUUCUGGUCAAACCAGCAGAAUGAAGGCAUCAUCGCUGGGUCCGGUGAGUGUUUAGCAAUGAAGAGGUGGAUUCCGGCAGACUAUCCUCCAUUCAGUUUUGUAUAUACCAUACUUACACGUAAGAGUUGCAGAAGCAUAUGGGAUAGGAUACUUAAAGGAUUUGGCCUCUUCCCAGUGUGUGCUGCUGGCUCCACAGUGAGAACACUUGAAAUUUCUGGUUAUCUUCAACUAAGCGGAAACCAGCUUUCUGGUGUGGUCCCUCAAGAUAUUGGUAAGAUGCGUAGCUUUAGUUUAUUGCAUCUGGGUUCCAAUGAGAUUAAUGGGACACUUCCUCCACAGAUUGGACAGUUGCCACUUGUAGUGCUAAAUCUUAGCAAAAAUGGAUUUUCUGGUGAAAUUCCAGGUACAAUUGGGAAUAUCAAAUGCUUACAGAAUCUUGAUUUAUCUUACAACAAUUUCUCUGGAACCUUUCCUGUGAUAUUGAACGACUUGAGUGAGCUUAGCAAGUUCAAUAUCUCAUACAAUCCAAUUAUUUCUGGCAUUAUCCCAUCAACUGGACAAUUGGCUACUUUUGAGAAAGAUUCUUACUUUGGCGAUCCACUCUUGAUCCUUCCAAAAUUUAUCAAAAAUUCCUCGGAUGUUCCACCCAAAAAUAGGAAGAUUGGCCGCAAUAAGAGAGACAACAUAAGGUGGACUUUAUUUUUAGUGUCCUUAACACUAACCCUGGCUUUCUUAGUCUGUGGAGUUCUAUCAGUUGUCGUGUGGAUGUUAGGGAAAAGUCCACCAGACUCACCUGGGUAUCUCUUGCAGGAAACCAAAUACCGGCACGACUUGGCAUCAAGUUCCGGCAGCUCAUCUCCAUGGUUGUCAGAUACGGUUAAGGUAAUUCGUCUGAACAAAACAGCAUUCACUCAUGCUGACAUUUUGAAGGCAACAGGUAAUUUUUCAGAAAGCAGAAUCAUUGGGAAGGGAGGAUUUGGAACUGUAUAUCGAGGGGUAUUGCCUGGUGGAAUCCAUGUAGCAGUUAAGAAGCUGCAAAGGGAAGGUACUGAAGGUGAAAGAGAGUUUCGAGCCGAAAUGGAAGUGCUAAGUGGAAAUGGCUUUGGCUGGCCACAUCCAAAUCUUGUAACACUUUAUGGGUGGUGCCUUGAUGGUUCAGAGAAAAUAUUGGUCUAUGAGUACAUGGAAGGUGGAAGCUUAGAGGAUCUUGUAUCGGAUAGAAUGAGGCUAACAUGGAGGAGACGCAUUGAUAUAGCGAUAGAUGUAGCACGAGCAUUAAUAUUUCUGCACCAUGAGUGCUAUCCUGCAAUCGUGCACCGCGAUGUUAAGGCUAGCAAUGUUCUGCUAGACAAAGAUGGCAAGGCAAGAGUGACAGAUUUUGGCCUAGCAAGAUUUGUUGAUGCUGGAGAUAGCCAUGUGAGCACAAUUGUAGCCGGCACGAUUGGAUAUGUUGCACCAGAAUAUGGGCAAACAUGGCAAGCUACUACGAAAGGCGAUGUAUACAGCUUUGGGGUGUUGGCAAUGGAACUGGCAACCGGAAGGCGAGCUGUGGAUGGUGGGGAAGAAUGUCUAGUCGAAUGGGCGAGACGGGUGCUUGGAAAUGUGCCAAAUGGUGUAGGUAGAGCAGUGAUACCUGUUAUGCUUUUGGGGUCUGGAUUAGCAGAGGGAGCAGUGGAGAUGUGUGAGUUACUGAGGAUUGGAAUUAGAUGCACUGCAGAGGCACCCCAGGCUAGACCAAACAUGAAGGAGGUACUGUCUAUGCUGAUCAAGAUUUCAGGCACCAGGGGGGAUUUCAUUUGUGGCUCCUCUCCUCCUCUUCCCUUAUUCUAAUUCAAUGUUAAGAUGGAAAGAAAAGUGUCCAUAGAUUGUUAAAUUGUUUCCACACAGUAUACAUCAAUAGUUGACAGAUUUUUGUUCAUCUGAUCAUUCUUCUUGUACACAACCAUUCACAAAAUUGAAACAGACGGUAUAAAUUUU